AAUUGGAUUUCUUGAGUUUGUUUUGUGGGUACAAAAUGCUGACAAGAUUGCUUCAACGACCAAACUGUUUGCUCAAUCGCAGGAACCGAUAUCAGCUGCUUACAACUUUAUUGAUUAAUCUCAUAUCCAUAUCCCAUGGCAUUGGCAUCGGUUGGCUCUCUCCCACCUUGCGGAAACUGCAGUCCGACUCCCCAGUGGGCUUCGAGCUGAAGUCCGAGUUCGAAGUCUCUUGGGUUGGUUCAAUGCUCGGAAUAGGCUCGGUGACUGGCAACAUCCUGAUAGGGUCCCUGCUUGGGCGCCUGGGUAGUAAAAGGUGUCUUUUGUUCAUUGCCAUUCCGCAUUCGUGCCUGUGGAUCCUGGUCUACUUUGCCCAGAGUGUGGAGUACUUGUACGUGGGCAGGCUUUUAGCUGGCAUUUGUGGCGGCGGCAUGUACAUUGUUCAUCCCAUUUUCCUCAGUGAAAUCGCAGAUGCCAACAUCCGUGGCACCUUCUCGGCCAUGGUGAUGUUGUCGGUCAAUGUUGGCAUUCUUGUUGGCUACAUAAUUGGCACUCACCUGGCGUUCUACUCGAUACCCUGGAUUGUCCUUGCUCUGCCUAUAUGCUACCUUAUAUCCGUCUUGCUGUUCAUUAAGGAAUCGCCCAUGCAUUUGAUCAGAGUAGGCAAAUAUUCCGAGGCGGAGAGAUCCUUCCGUUACUAUAAAAACAUCAAGGAUAGCGAUAACAUUCACGAUCAGAAUCGAGCCAUGGAGGAGUUUGAGGACAUGAAGGUGGCCCUGAAAAAGGGGAAUGGCUUAAAUGAAAACAUAACACUAAAGGAUUUUUGCACGCGUCCCGCUUUCAAGGCUUAUGGUCCUGCGUUGGUUCUACUUAUUGCCAAUCAGUUCAGCGGACUGUUCACCAUGGUCAACUACAUGUCGGACAUAUUCGCCAAAUCGGGCAGCACAAUGGACCCGGAUACCUGCACCAUUAUCAUUGGGGCUGUUCAGAUCCUGGGAACUUAUGUCACCACCGUGUUGUGCGACAUCUGUGGCCGAAAGCUGCUUAUGCUGGUGUCCACAGCCGGGGUGGCAAUUAGCUUGACAGCCUUUGGCUUUUUCACCCAAUACGCCCAGACCCAUUAUGUUGGCGACUACAGCUGGUUGCCGCUGGUCCUCAUGUCGAUGGACAUUUUCCUGGGCAACAUCGGCCUGGUGGGCUGCUUCUUUGUCAGCCUCGUUGAGAUAUUUCCGGUCAAGAUACGUGCCAAGGCAGCCUCAAUGGCAAUUGUGGUGUGCAGCAGCUUCGUCUUUGUCAUGCUAAACAUUUUCCCAAUUUGCAUGAAACAAUGGGGAAUAUCGGCAACCAUGUGGUCAUGUGCUGGAGUCACAGCAUUCAGUUUUGUUUAUUUCUUAAUUUUUCUGAAGGAGACCAAGGGCAAGAGUAUGUUGGAUGAUUGAACAAAUAUUGUAUUUGAUUGUUACUUUUCUCUAUUCAUUUACUCACCCUUAAACUUUAAUUAUCCAAAAUAUCCGCCUUUAUAUUAAUAACAGUACAGUUUUUAUAGUAUUUCAGCUUACAUUUUCAUGUAUGUAUGUAUAUUUAAAUAAAUUUAAUUACAUAUAAUUAGAUAA